GACGACCUAGGUAUAAAACCUUAUCCUCACCUCACACUCCGUCUUCUUUCCAUUCGUAGCUUCAAGAGAGAGGAGAGAGAGAGAGAGAGAUGGUGACUCUCAAGCUUCAGAAGCGGCUCGCCGCCAGCGUCCUCAAGUGCGGCAGGGGAAAGGUUUGGCUCGAUCCAAAUGAAUGCAACGAAAUCUCCAUGGCCAACUCUCGCCAAAACGUACGGAAGCUGGUCAAGGAUGGUUUUAUCAUUAGGAAACCAACCAAGAUUCACUCCCGAUCCCGUGCGCGCAGAAUGAAGGAGGCCAAGCGAAAGGGACGUCAUUCUGGAUAUGGUAAACGUAAGGGUACAAGGGAGGCAAGGUUACCCACAAAAAUACUGUGGAUGAGGAGGUUGCGUGUGCUCAGGCGCUUGCUCCGCAAGUACAGGGAAUCAAAGAAGAUUGACAAGCACAUGUACCAUGACAUGUACAUGAAGGUGAAGGGUAACGUGUUCAAGAACAAGAGGGUGCUAAUGGAGAGCAUCCACAAGUCCAAGGCUGAGAAAGCUAGAGAAAAGACGUUGGCUGACCAAUUUGAGGCCAAGCGUGCAAAGAACAAGGCUAGCAGGGAAAGGAAGUUUGCUAGGAGAGAGGAACGGCUGGCCCAGGGACCAGGAGAGAAAGCACCUCAAGCUCCAGCUGCAGCAGCUGCACCCACAGCUCAACCCGCUCAGGCAUCCAAGAAAUCCAAGAAGUGAGAUCUGCAAUGAUGGAUACUGAGGAUUUAGAACACAUUGUUAUCUUGUGUUCUGGUUAUUAUCAUAGUUCAGUGAUUUUUGACCUAUUAUGUUUUUCAUUUUGUCUUGGUUAUUUUGUCGAACAGUGUUAUUUUCAUGUUGAAGGAAGAUUGUUAAGAUAUUUGAUACUUCCCAGUUUGUGUUCAUCUAUGUUAAAGUCGGUUCCUUUCAUUUC